GUACAAGGUAUCUCAUCAAAACUAAUAUUGCUCUUGAGAGUGAAUAUCCUGGUGCUGUAUAGCAAACAGAAAGUGUACAAAAAUUAUCUAACUUGAUAAGACUAAAACAAACGUAACCAUGUAAAUAUUCAUAGGCAGCCAUAAAUAAUUCAAAAUCACAGCAUCUCCACAUCCUAAACUUACAUCGAUAUCCAGCAGUUACCAUUCGUGCUUUUAUCUGUAUGCUACGUAUCAAGAAGUCUGCGUGAAACGCGUGAAAAAUAUUUACAAAACAUCGAAUUGUUCGUAUUAAUUAAGAAUAAUUCAUGUAUGCCAUUAAUCGUUACAUAAAUAUUUCAUUGUUUUUGAAAAGAUUUAAAUAAACGUGUAUCUGACUACUUGAAGUUGACCGCAGAAGUAGGCUAGAUUCUGUGACAAAAGCCAAGGGUGUCUCCCAUAGAGUAAAAUACGAUUGUGCCUUUCGCAAGACUCGUGACUGUUUCAAGGUCAUAGAAAUCUAAUCAGUUUAAUUACUUCCUAUGGUUCAACUUUAUGAAUGUAUAUAGUGUACGGCCGAAUACCCGUGGCCGCACUUGAUCCACGGCUGUGCUUGAAUGAAAUAGUUGCCUCUCUGGACUUUGCGUUGUAUCUCGUAAAAAGGAAAAGAAGGAAGAAAGCGAUAGAAAAUAAAAGGAAGAUUAAUAAAAAGAAAGUUUUUAAAAUGUCCUCGAACGCCCCGGAAUUCAUAAUCCGGCGCCCGGUAUAUCAGCAGGAUGAACUUCAUCGUAUAUGCAAUUAUACAAAACCUAAGAGAGUUCUCAGUAAAACAGUGUCAAAGAAGUGCAAGAGCUUUGAGCUACAAGACUUCUUGAAGAAAUCAAUACCUAUUAUUGAUUGGUUACCAAAGUAUAACUGGAAGGAAAACAUCAUGGGGGAUCUUGUGGCUGGAUUUACUGUAGCUGUAAUGCAUAUUCCUCAGGGAAUGAGUUAUGCCCUCCUUGGAAAUGUACCACCUAUCGUUGGAAUUUACAUGGCCUUUUUUCCGGUUCUUGUAUACCUAAUUUUUGGAACAUCUAAACACAAUUCAAUGGGCACGUUUGCUGUGAUUUGCAUGAUGACUGGAAAAACUGUAUUAGCUCAUAGUUCCACGAGUAAUUCGAUGACCAAUCAAACAUCCUUGGACAUUAGUUCUUUAGAGGGAACUGGAAGUAUAUCAUACUCCCCUAUAGAAGUAGCAACAGCUGUGACGUUCACAGUAGCCAUCAUUCAGUUGUUCAUGUACCUUUUUCGUCUUGGUAUAAUAUCGACUCUUCUGUCGGAAACGUUAGUCAGUGGAUUUACGACGGCAGCCGCCAUUCACGUGUUCACUUCCCAGGUGAAUGGACUCCUCGGCGUUCGUCUACAAAAACACAAGGGAUUUUUUAAAUUGAUUUUUACUUAUAUAGAUUUGUUUAAUAAUCUAGACGACAUAAAUAUAACUGCCAUGAUUAUUUCACUUAUCACUAUCGUCGCUCUUGUCUUUAACAAUGAAAUAUUGAAGCCACGAAUCGCAAAAUUUUGUGCUUUUCCAGUGCCAAUUGAAAUGCUAGUCGUGGUCACUGGCACGUUGGUGUCGAUACAAAUGGAUUUACCUGGAGUUUACAACAUCAAAACUGUUGGGCAUGUACCAGUCGGAUUACCGGAACCAGCUUUGCCUCCCAUAUCUCUAAUGCCCGACAUAUUGCUGGAUAGUUUUAUCAUCGCAAUGGUAGCCUACACAGUAACAAUGUCAAUGGCACUGAUAUUUGCUCAAAAAAACAAUUACGAAGUGGACUCGAAUCAAGAAUUACUGGCUCAAGGUUUCGGCAAUAUGGUGGGAUCAUUUUUCUCCUGUAUGCCCUUCACAGCCUCGUUAUCCAGAUCAUUAAUUCAGCAAACUGUCGGAGGCCACAGUCAAUUGGCCAGUCUCGUAUCCUGCACUCUCUUGUUAUCCGUGUUACUAUGGAUUGGUCCAUUUUUUGAGCCAUUACCACUGUGUGUACUGGCUAGUAUAAUUAUAGUAGCACUGAAGGGAAUGUUUCUACAAGUGAAACAAUUUUGGCAAUUUUAUAAACUCUCACGACUGGAUGCUGUAGUCUGGAUGAUGACUUUUCUCACUGUUGUCCUUCUCGACAUUGAAUAUGGUUUAUUAGUCGGUGUUAUAAUCUCUCUGGCAUCAUUGAUAGGAUUAUCAAUGCGUCCUUAUACCUGCAAACUGGGCCUGGUACCAGAAACUGAACUUUAUCUUGAUGUCAAACGAUACAAAGGAACCAUUGAGAUUCCUGGCAUCAAGAUGUUACAUUAUUCCGGUGGAUUAAAUUUUGCUUCAAAACAGUACUUCAGGAAUAAGGUGUACAAGAUCGCCGGCGUGACGCCGGAAAAGGAGCUAGCCAGACGUGUUAAGCAGACUGCCAGGAAAGCUUCCCCAGGGGACGACAAAAAGGAAGGUAUCGUGAAUGCCGGUUUUGAAGGAUACACAACUCCUACACAACCAGCAGCAGUGCUGCGAAUAUUGAUCCUCGAUUUCUCAGCCUUGAUUUAUAUCGAUCCAACCGGUGUGGCGACGCUUAGAAGUCUCGUGGAUGAAUUCGCAAAGAUAGAUGUGUCCGUCUACAUCACAGGUUGUUCAGGACCUGUAUACGAGACGAUGAGAAAAUGCAACGUGGCUGAAUGCAAAGAAGGUCACUUCACGAUGUUCCCGACGGUGGGAGAUGCCGUGAACUUUGCGCACUAUGAGAGCAACCUACGUCUGACCUCAAUUUUAACAGUCUGUAACGAACAAGAGGAAGAUACGUGCAUGAGCAGAUUAUAAUCAAACUGAUAGGUUAGGAUUAUUCCUUACAUAAGUAUUUAUUACUACCAAUCAAUUUGGAUUGGCACGAGAGACGAGUGUAUAUUAUAUGGACUUCCAUUGCUAGAGGAAAUACCUGAAUUUUGAUACAGAGAAAUUUGUUAUUUAAUUGGGGUGAUGGAUACCUGACAUAGAGUAUAUCCAAUCACGAGUAAUGGAUGUCAUCAAUAUCUACCUCAAAUUUAAAUUACUUAUCUAGAUUAUUUUCAAUAAGAUAUAUAUGUAUAUCUUCUACAUCUUGUUUGAUGAAAAAGAAACAAUGGAUCAUAAAGUUCUGCCUACGACGUCAAUACUUUAGAUGACUAAUUAUAUACAUAGUGGAAAAGCAAAAGGGUACACUCAAGUCGUAUGUUCUGCAUGGCAUAGUAUAUAGGAAGAUUGUAUCUGUAGGGACUUCGUUAUACGUGAGUUGAAAGAGAAAGGGUCAUGAAAGUUGAUACAGGAAAAGAUUAAGAGCAGCAAUAAUGCCUUAUUUCGUAAUUCAUCGUUUCGCGAGCUUCUUUCUUUGCAUGUACAUUGUUUGCACAUUCCUGACAAUUUCGAAAGCUUCGCGACAUCAUGUGCCGCGAUGCAAUCGAUCGACUUUUUUUAUCAAUACCCAAUACACGUAGAUUACUGCGUUUAACAUGUGCUUUGUCGUUAAAUGUUAAAACGAUUUGCGAAUAAUAAAGAGAUACAUGCGAAACAUUUUUCUGGCGCUGCUUACAAUAGCGCAAAGUUUCACUCAGAGAGAAAUGGGUGACUAUUUAUUGUAAUUUAUUAUUCAAUAAUAUUCAGUAGUUGAUUGUAAU